AAAGUUACUCAAAGCUGAAUAGAUCUAUUUAGCAUUAUGAAAGCUAAAAAUAUAUAUUAUUUAGGGUUACUGCUGUGUAGUUUCCUGGCCAACUUGCAUUCUAUAUCUGCAGAAGUGGGAAAAUUGGUUUGUUUCUACGAUUCCAAGAGUUUUGUGCGCGAAGGUCCAGCUCAAAUGUCACUUUCCGAACUGGAGCCCGCCUUGAAUUUCUGCAACUUUUUGGUUUACGGCUAUGCUGGAAUCGAUAACCAGACCUUCAGAAUAAACAGUUUAGAUCCCACUUUGACCCAUGAUCGCCAGCAUUACAGCCACAUAACAGCUCUUCGUAAGAAGUUCCCACACGUUAGAUUUCUCCUUUCGGUGGGCGGAGAUCAUGAUCUAAACUCCGAGGGCGUGGCAGAUAGUGAAAAGUACCUGAGAUUGCUGGAACUGCCGGAGCACCGGAGAAACUUCAAGGAGAGUGUGGUGGCGGAACUCAACAGGUUUGGCUUCGAUGGACUCGACCUUGCUUGGCAGUUCCCCAAAAACAAGCCCAAAGUGCAGCAGGGUGUCCUCAAGAGGGUGUGGGGCUCCUUCCGCGGCCUCUUUAGCUCCUCUUCGGUGGAUGAGAAGGCACAGGAGCAUCGGGAGCAGUUCGCCCUCCUCCUUGGAGAGCUUCAAUCGGACUUGAGACGCGCUGGCCAACUGCUCACUGUCAGCAUGUUGCCCCAUGUUUCAGCAGAACUCUUUAUUGAUAUUCCCACGGUUCUGAGCCGCGUGGACUUCGUCAACCUGGGCACUUACGACUUCCAGACCCCGGAACGGAAUCCCAAGAUUGCGGAUCUGCCCACGCCGUUGUAUGAAAUGUACGACCGGGAGCCCAGCCACAAUGUGCAGUACCAGGUGCAGUACUGGCUGAACCAGACAUCCGGGAUCAGUGCCCACAAGCUGCACGUCGGAGUGACCAGUUACGGGCGUUCCUGGAACAUGACCCGCAACUCAGGCAUCACCGGCUAUCCACCGAUUCCGGCUGCCAAUGGAGCUGCUCCUGGUGGCAGGCAGACCACCACUCCUGGACUCCUCAGCUGGCCGGAGAUCUGCGAGCUGCUCCAGCAGCAGCCGCAGGAUCGGGAGACGCCCCAUUUGCGCAAGGUGGGCGAUCCCACAAAGCGUUUCGGCAUCUACGCCUAUCGAGCAGCGGAUGACCAGGGAGAGAACGGGAUUUGGGUUGGCUACGAGGAUCCCACAACGGCGGCCAUCAAGGCAGGAUUCGUCCAGGCUCAGGGAUUGGGCGGAGUGUCCUUCCACGACCUCUCUUUGGAUGACUUCCGGGGUCAAUGUGCCGGCGAAAAGUUUCCCAUUCUAAGGAGCAUUAAAUUCAAACUUUAAAUCAGAGUCUCAAGUUCAAGUUUUUUUUUAAAAAAUUUCGCAAAUCAAUAUUUUAAAGAUCCACCGGCAAUAUAACAAUAUAGCACAUAAAGUUAUCUUGUACAUUAUUUUUAAAAUAAUUCUGAAACGCACAACUUCAAUAGUUUUCCAUUCAAAUAAAUAUUGUUUAAAAUUGUAA